AUGGCGCCCCCCGUGCUGCCGGACAGCACCACUGUGGUGCCAACAGAGACGCACGGGCUGCCCGGGGAGGACGACAAGAUAGUGAGGGAGCUGGACGUCUACCUGCUGCAGGGAGAGCUUGGGCAGGGCACACAGGCGAGACGGGCGGCGGCGGCGGCGGCGACCUUCCUGCUGCAGUUCCCGCUGCGCCCGCCCUGGCGCCCGUACCACACCGAUCGAGUUGGGCUGGAGAAUGUGAAGCUCAAGCCCAAGGUUAAAAAGCUGCAGUGUGAAGUGCCGCUGGAGACGAAUAGCCGCAAUUACAACGGCAAUGCGGAGCCCAGCAGGCACGCCGUGGCCGCCGCCGCCUGCCGCAGCGACGAUCCCGCGAAGAUCUCAGCCAUCACGCUGCAAAGCGCCCGGCUGGAGCAGCGCACCGCGUUUGCGGCGGGGUUUGUGGAGGAGGAUCGCCUCAUGCUGCUCCCAAUAGACGAGGCGCUACAGCUGCGGCCCUCGCUGGCCCACCUGGACAAGGAGAAGGAUCAGUCGGCGGCGCGGAAGAAGCAGGAUGGUGGGGAGGAGGAGGACCAGAAGCAGCCGGAGCUGCUGCAGCUGACGGUACAGGUGAAGCGGCGGGAGACGGAGCAGCAGGCGGAGGCGCGGCUCAAGUCGUAUGCGCACCUGGCGGAGCAGGAGAAGGCGGACCAGUGGGUGGCACUAGACUACCAUGGAGGCGCCUCGGACCUGGCCCAGACGGUGUGGUCCAAGCUGGUCAGCGCGGACAACAAGCCGGAUGUGGGGGUCACGCUGAGCAGGGAGCAGUACCUAGAUGCCAUAGUGCCAGGCUCCAGCUCGCUGCAAGGCCAGGAGCCGGCGAGCUGGGCGGGGGGAGGCACUGCGGGCAAGGAGUUUGGCAAGCCCGCGGCCGCGGGGGCGGCGGCGGCGGGCCGCGCCGCCGGCGGCGACGGCCAGCAGCAGGCGGGGGCGGCGGUGCCCGAGGAGGUGCAGCCCGCCAUCGUGGCAUGCACCAUGGUACUGCUCAAACAGGCGCAGGUCGUCAACAUCGACGCCAUCCGGGGCAUGCUGGCGCGGCAGGGCGGCGCCGCGGUCAAGGCGCUGGCCGAGGGCGCCUCGGAUGCGGCGCUGCACCAGGCCGUGCUGGCCAGCGGGGAGAUCACCCACCUGCGCAAAUCCUACUUUCCCACGCGGCUGGGCAACACGGCGCUGGACCCGCUGCGCGACGUGGUCAUCGAGCUGCUGCGAGAUCAGGAGCAGCUGAAGCGCAGCGACAUUGUGGAGGCGGCCAAGGCGCGGGGCAUCGGCGUCAGCGACGCGCUCUACUCGCGGGUGGUCAAGGAGCUGUGCAGCUCGCGGGGCAGCAUCUGGACGCUCAAGGGCUAG